AUGCGCCCGACUCGUCUUCUAACUUCCCGAUCAUACUCCACAGCAUUGAAUCGGUUCAGAGUGGUUGAAGUUGGAGCAAGAGACGGAUUGCAGGCGGAAAAGAAAUUCGUACCAACAGAAGUGAAAGUGGAACUAAUCGAUCGAUUAUCAGCAUGUGGUUUUUCUACAGUGGAAACUACUAGUUUUGUAUCGCCUAAGUGGGUUCCUCAGUUGGCUGAUCAUAAUGAAAUUGUCAAGAAGCACAAGAGAUUUAACGGAGUGUCGUAUCCAGUGUUAGUACCCAAUGCAGCUGGAUUGAAAAAUGCGCUCGCAACUGGAGUUGUUGAAGAAAUCGCCGUUUUUGGAGCUGCGUCCGACGCAUUCUCACUCAAAAAUGUUAAUUCUAACGUCGAGGACAGUCUCAAAAAACUACUAGAAGUCACAAAAAUUGCUCUAGAACACAACAUUCGAGUACGUGGUUACGUGUCAGUUGUUGUUGGAUGCCCAUAUCAAGGAGAGGUCAAACCAGAGGUUGUCGCCAAAGUUGCCGACAAAUUGCUGGAAGCUGGAUGUUACGAAGUGUCAUUAGGAGAUACGAUUGGAGUGGGAACUGUAAAUUCUGUUACAAAAAUGCUUGAUACAGUGCUGAAAAGUGUUCCAGCCAAUAAACUCGCAGUUCAUUUCCACGAUACAUACGGUCAAGCACUCGCCAAUGUUCUCGUUUCAAUUGAAAAAGGUAUUCGUGCAGCCGAUUCGAGUAUUGCUGGUCUCGGAGGAUGCCCUUAUGCAAAAGGAGCAACUGGAAACCUUGCCACCGAAGAUUUAUUAUAUUUCCUGAAAGGAAAUGGUUUCGAAACUGGAGUUGAUUUGGAUAAAGUUGUUGAAACAGCGAAAUGGUUUAACUCCGCUGCUGGCUAUGAUAAGUGGUCAAGAGUUGGCAGGGCGAUUUCCAACAAAAAAGACGCUCAGACUUGCUGA